GGUAACGGCCGUUGCAGGGUGUCGCAGCUCCUGCUGCUCGCCUCCCAACUCUCCCUCCGCAGAGACUGUGGCUAGAUCCACCGUUUCCGCUCAGUCCGGUCUGCCUAGACUUGAGACAUGAGCUCCCACAGUAAGGCGUCUGGUUUUAGCGAAGAUAUCGGCCUGAAGAGUGAGGAGCAGACAGUCUGUGGGAGCUCCGGAGCCCUGCGGGCAGCUGGGCAAAGCUGGGAUUUGGGGCUGCCAGAAAGGGAUGAGGGCCAGGAGCAGGACCAAGGUGAAGGCAGAGGGGAGAGUGGGCCCUCAAGCCCGCAGACAUUUAACUUGCCGUUGGAGUUGGACUCCGAUUCGGAGCCUGAACUGAGAAUGAUCCAGGAAGGAGAAGGGGUGCUCCCUGGCUGUGAAGCCCGGCCUACCACUCCUGCUUCUGACGGGGAGGGCCCUGUGGAUUCCAUGUCCCAGGUUGCUGAGGCGUGUGCAGCCAUCGUGCGGCUGCUCAGCGAUCCGGAUGCUGGGGCUUUGAGCAGAUUUCCAGAUGCAGAAAGCACCUGUGCCGAAACAGGGGCCAUUUGUGUGCGCUUUGAGGCAGAUGCGAGCAGUAAAGCUAUGCUAGACCCCAGCUCGGUGGAAACACUCCAGGCUUGUGCUGCCCCUCCAUACAUGAGUGCUUCAGGGACAGGCCAGAUCUGGGACAGCAGAAAGAGAAGAGUAGACAGAUCGCAUUUAAGCAUUAGCAUGAUUGUCCAGCGUGCCUGCAGGGAUGGCCUGGUGGGGCUGCCUUUCCGCCUUACCUCCUCCGAUGAUCUCGGGAUAAUGCAGCCCAGGCGGGUGAGCAUUCCCCAGGAAAGAAGGGGCUUGUUCAAGUGCAGCAGCUCUGAAACACUGGUAGGGAACCCCAGAUGCUCAAUUUUCCUUAGCAGGGAGAAUUUCCCUCACAUUUCAGUCCGUCUGUUGACCUCUACUCUCUGGGGUUUCACUUGGACCAUGGAAAGACAGAGGGUGCGAGAAGUGGCUUCCAUUAUCUCUAAGAAAAUGCAGAGUGAUGGAGAGGGUAGGCCCAGCUGCCUGGGUGCUGGUGCUGCUGCUGCUUCUGGUGCAGGGGGGCUGCCCCAUGCCACUCCCAAGAAGGAGUUGGUCCAGAAGCAGAAAUCCCUAGGGAUUGACACUAACGUUGUCCUUGGGACAGCUUUUGCUCCGUGGGGGCACAGAGAGUCAAUAGCUCCCAUGGCGUCAGUCUCCUUCCCUAAAGUCUCACUGCCUGAGAAGUCCAGCAUGGUUUCCCUGCUCCAUGGGGGAUCCAAAAAGUCCAGUCAGGGCUGUGCUAGGAAGAAACGUGGGACGAGGAGGAAGAGGGAUUUCCAGGCUGUGGUCAGAGGAGAUGGUGGCCUAAGCAGAGAUCCAGUCCCAAAGACCCAACUUCCAGCACACAUGGCAGGGACAUCUUCCCAGUCCAGUCACCGUGGAGAAUUCAGCAGUGGGAACCCUAACACCAGAGACCACCCAGUUGGUGCAAACUGGCAACCUUUGUCUCCCAGCUGGGGAGACAUCAUACCCAGAAGCCCUGCACUCUCUGGUGAUCUGGAGCUACCUGUCCUUCCUCGAAGAACAGAAAGGCCGCAGUUGCCACCUGGAAUAGAGGGCUGUCCUAAGUGUGUCGUACUACAGAAGGAAAUAGAAGACCUAAGAAAGGAACUAGCAGUGAUGUGGGCGUUCGCUGAGAAGUUACAGACCCUUUGAAGUUGAACUCAGCAUCUCCCAACAGAAAAGCAGCUGGUACCUGUUGAGCUCAGAAUCUGCGACCCAGCUGCUUCCCUCCGGUUUCUCUCCAACCAGAGCUCCCUCUCUGCCCCUGAUUUUGUCUCUUUCCCCACCCCAGUUCAUAGAAGUUUCAAGUUAAACUACCUCUCAAUGAUCUGUGCUCUACCUCCUCUGGAGGGUGAAGAGCUGCUCCAUGACCAGGCAUUUUUAGAACAGUUCCCCUGUUUAAUGUGCACCACAAUUAAACUUUGAAUUUCAUUUUCCACCAACUUUGUUUAGUGUUGUAGUGUUGGCCGCAUCUUCCCGCCUAGCAGUGCAGUCCUCUUUUUGGACUCCUAUUCUCCCUCUAGUUCACUGUUCACAAGGAGAGCUUAUCUGGACAGUGUAUGUCAUUCUCAGUUCCACUUCAUCAUCACACUUUUUUUUAACAAGUGAAGAAUUUAAUGAAUAACUCAAACACAAUCCAUAACAUCUAAGGAAGUAACAAAACUGUCAAUAAAUUAAACCCCUUCCUUAAACUCAUCUCAUGUUGUUCAUAUCAUUUCUUUUUCUUACUAAUUCCAGAAUCACUUAUGAAAUCCAUGAUGAGGGUGAGCCUCUCAGUUUCUAGGCACAGAAUAGUUAAUAAUAAGUGCCUAUGGCUUUUAUUUUUGUUUCUAUUUCUGCACUAAUAG